CGGAGGGGUACUAAUGGUCCAAAACGUUCCAGCGCGUGUAAUGAUCCCUCCUAAAGCUCUGCCAACAUGUACAGAGGUCACAUGUUCUUUACGGGAUCUGCAGACUCUAUCAUUACCCCUUGGAAGAAAUGAGGCCUUAGUGAGCAGUGUGAUGGAACUAGGCCGUGGAAGCCUUCCUGGUACAGGGAAACGUUACGAAUUCAAUGUGAAAGUGAAGUUGGCUUUAUCCCACAGUGCUAGUGACUUUAAAGGAUACGAAUUGGUGAUCAAAGAAUUGAUCAAUGAGAAGACCAAUGAUUGGAGGGACUUGGAAACUAGAUGGGCUUGGACACCAUCAGGUAGAGGCUUUGUUGGUAAUUUACAGGGUACAGCCAUCCUUCCUCAGACAACUUGACCUCUUUCCUUGCACGAAACCACAAACAAUUUUGACUGUAUAAAAAGCUACACAGGCUUUGUAUUUCUUUCUUGUAAACUUAGUUUGUGAUUGAAUUUGGUCGUUUUAAUGUACAUUUUUAACUUGUGUGAUUGUUCAGCUACCACUUCAUUUGUUUUACUUCUCUGAUAUGACAACCGUGCUUGCCAGAAACAAAUUUAAAGAACUGAAGCUGAAUCAUCAAAGAUAUGUGAUUGAAAUAUAGGGUUUCUUGAUUGUCACCGGGAAAGUUAACAACACCAUCUGCUUCAUUACAGAUAUCAAAGAUGAGCAUUCCGGCGUGGAAGAAUUUCCAGACUGGUUAUUUCCGUUUGCAGAGGCACAAAUUACGAGUUUUUCUUCAUUUGCGGUGGUCUGGCGUCUCAAGUCUUUCAUGUUUAAAAUCCCUUCGACUUUGUCAUCUUCCUUUCCUUGCAUUCUGUCAGACCAUCCAGGAGUGAGUGUAACAUUCCCUGAGAGUUCUCUUCCUACAGGACAAACUUUCGCUCUUACCGUAAAGGUACUUGUACAUUACUUCUACCAGAAUAUAUACUAAUAUUUUACAUAUUAACAUUAAGCUUUUGCUGUUAAAGACAAGAUUUUUGAACACGAAGGUAGACUUAUCGGCCUAUGAUUCGAUAAGCAUGAUGUUUCGAUGCACAUAAUUCAGUCAGCGACUUCUGUGGGAGGUGAUUGUAAAUUUAGUUUGCCUUACCGACUCUUUAUUAAGUUGGGGUGCUUUUGAGUUUUCAUUAGUCCACUCAGUACAGCUUCAUCUUUCUUUGAAGGUGCAAGAGGUUCCCUGCGGUAAUGCUAAAUUGAAAGAACGACUAGUUGCCGGGCCUAUUCUUCAUAUCUCACCUUCUGAACCAGUUCAGCUUUUAGCACCUGCUAGGCUCACAAUCCCUGUUAUACUCGGAGAAGACAUACCCAAAUGUCCGGAUUAUUCGGUCACUGACGUCAGGAUAUUUUGCCGAACCUCUGAAGAGGAUAAAAGAGAAUGGAAUGAAGUCACAGAGCAGUUAGAAAAUAUAGCGGUUCUUGAAAAUGGGACUGUGACGUUUACAGUAAAUCACUUCUCAGAGUAAGUAUACUCUUCUGGCUGUUUUGAAAGCAGCAAUAAACUUCAAAGCUUUCACGUAGGUAGGAUCGUGGUAAAUCUUUUGUAGAAAAGACAUGCAUCAUCAGGUGACAUCAGGGUGCGCAAAACUACAGAAAAGAGGCAAAAAACAAGAACAAAGGAAACCAAACGACUAACUUAUUACUCUAAAUCCGAUUCGUCAUCUAUAGGUAUUUAUUACAAACCUUAAUCGACCUUUCAGGGAUCUCAAGUUAUUACACAAAUCGCGGUAUGACUCGUUUAUCAACGAGAUCUCGUGGAAGAGCGAUUUGUUUUGUCCGCCCUUAAGUGACGUAAACGUAGGCAUGCUGCGCAUACAAAAGAUGUUUUUUUUUUCCAAGGGGUGGGUUGAAAUAGGCUUCUUAGUAACUGAUGUUUGCAUUUUUGUAAAAGAAAAGAGCCUUUACUUUCAAAAGAAUCCAAUGAAAAUACCGAUCAGUGGGGAGCAAAGAAACCCUCCAAUGUAUCGAAAAUAAACUCAGACACACGCACUUUAUAAUCUAUUGCUACUCUUGUCUGAAUAAUUGUUGGCAAAAAGAAACUGCAUUGAUGUCAUGCUUCCUGUAGCCUCAUUCCCCCGUUGCACUCUUUCCCUCGUUGCGUGACGAGACCAAGCAACGGCCUGUUCGCAGGCUAAGGCAUUGGUUACUACCGCUCCUUCGUCAGCGAAUUUGAUUGAUAGCAAAUGUCUCAACACGUGAGAAUUGCGUGGAAAACUGACCAACAGUAGCAGUUAGUUCCAUUUGAAAUUUCCUCAGUGGGGUAGGAUUAUGUGAUAGAAUUUAGGCUGUUUACUGGAAAAUGGCAUUUAAUCUGAGAAAGUUUCUUAGUAAAAAAUUUGGUUUUUUGCUUUAGGCUGAGAAUAUGUUCUUAACAAUUCUGGGUACUGGCUUUAAUUCUUUGUACUGGUUAAUAUUUGUACGUCGAUCAUUUCAAAGCUUCAACAUCCCCCCCUCUAGGCAACCCCCGGUCCUUUGAACCUUUGAAGAUUGGUUCGUUUAAAUUCCCGGCACCCCAAGGGCCAAAAUUGCAUCCAAAUUCCCCAAUUCCCCGCGAGGAAUUUUAUGGUCAAUUACUCCUUUUUUAAAGAAAAAAUGUUUAAAUGGAAAGAAAAAAAGGCAUGGUUUAUGGCCUUUCGGUUGUAAACGUAAUUCUAACAUGUUCUACGAUGUGAAAUUUUAUCAUACUGUUGUGUUUAGCCAUUGAAUACAAUACCUUCGAACGAAUUUUAUUUGAUAUUUAUUGAGGGGAUUGUUUUACAUUUACAGCGUUGGCUCAUUCCCUAUUCAGUAGCAGUUCAUGCAUGUUCUGCGGAGAACAACUAUUUUGUGAAAAUGGCAAUAUCAGCGCUGCCACUUUCUACUCAUCGACCGGUGACUGAAUUGACUAUUCAAGCUGUAGAACCAAAAAAUCACACUACUCAAUCUCACAACAAUUUGCACAGCGUUUGAAGACUUUUUUUUUUCCCUAUUCCUAAUCUCUGCCAUCUCAAAAAAGAGCUCGUGUGUACCGCUGGAAGGACUUGACACUUCCGAUUCAAAUUCGUAAUUCUGUUUCAAAUGCCCCAUCCCACCCGGGCAAGGUUCAAAUUUCCCACCCAUGGAAAGACCUCUUUGAUCGAAUUCUCCUCCUUCUCGGGCACGGACGUCAGUAAAAUGUCCGUGGGUUGUCCGGAAGGGAGGUUGUUGAAACUGCGAAUUGAUCGAUGCAUUGGCAAUUAAUCCGUGAUUCUACGCAAGAGAUUAUUUGUUUAUAUUCUCUUGUUCUAAGAUGUGCACGCUUUGAUUUGAUGAUCAAUGAACGGGAAUGCUCUCUUCACUUUGAUGACUAUAUGAAUAGAUGUUGUUAAGUUUGUGUCGUUUUCCUUUAGGUACUGGGUUUGGAUUGACCCAUCGAAACGACCCUUUGCUAUCCUAAAGAAUCUUGCCGAUGACCUCUAUAGAAAACUGAUGUUACAACAAGUAGGACUUUGUGCUCGUUUACAUGCUAGAGGAAAUCCUCCUAACUAUAUGCUGACUCUUUGCUGCUUUCCACUCCAUCUUAAAGAACAAGUGUAUACUCUAUCUCCAGUUUGUACUCAAGGGGUAGGAAACUCGCAGAAGCCACUGUGUAAAGCUGAUCGGAUAUCUGUGUCUCUUUCCAAAGCGUUUACUGGGGUGAAAGAGAGAAAUCUAGACAACUUCUUGACGUGAGUUUAUCAAUUUUUGCUUAUCCUAUUUCCAUCGUUUCCGACAACUUGGAGCAGAUGCGUGAGGAGAAACAUAUCCUUUGCCGGGACAAAAAGGAAUACCUAGUAUUUAUAUCUUCGUUUAAUUUGUUUGUGCCAGGUUUCUCGGAACGGAACCUUUUAAACGAAGUUUGCCUGUAUCCGUUAUUGACCUCAGAAACCUGCAAGUAGAGUUGUACAUGGGGAAUCAAUCAUAUAGGGAAAUAUUAUGCACGCUGUGUUUCGUACCGACCGUUCCAGACCAGGUAUGUACUAUGUGAAGUUGAAAAUAUUGGACUAGGGGAGGAAAUUUUGAUUAGGAGCUGUUUUAGAAACUUAAUUUUUGAAGCUCUAACCCUUCGGCUGAGUAAAUCUUAGGAUUCACCCGCCCUAAAGAUACCAUCUAUCCGAACGUUUUACGGUCGUGUGCUAAGUGCGUGACAAGGAAGCUUCACAGAAAAUUAAGUUAGCCCUUUCAAAUAACUCCUUCGCUGCACUUCUUUUUCUAUUUUAUCACCAUCUUAUAUCGUUGCAUCUAUUUGGUACUGGUGAGGUUAAGGUAAACUCAAAUUGCCACUGGUAGAGCUAAACUACUCUUUUUCUGGGAUAUCUAGUCAGACCGUUAGCUGCAGCCUGACAUGUGCAUAUUGUUAGUGAAAAUAAAAUGAGGAAACGUGCGAUAACCGCUACCACAAGGGCGAUUUCACGUUCCCGUGAGAUCACGGUAAUAAAUCGUAACAGAAAUCGCUCUCAAAGCCGCAGCAAAAAUCACCAGUGUGAAUGGCUGCUAAUGUAAGAACUUUCCUUUUCAAAUGACCGACGACCAUCCCAUGACAUUUGCUCUAGAGUCUCCUCGGCUUUGAGGGACUCUAGCUCGGUAAAGGCACAGGGCAUAGUGUAUAUCCUUAUAGAGUCAAAUGGACCAAUUGACAACAAUUUUCCAGUGACGAGGCUAGAGAAUUGAUAGAUAGAAAUGUCGGACAAGAUAUUUUUUCUAAGAAAUUAAGUUUCUCUGUUGCAGACGUCUUCUCCCAGGUACUUUCCUUCUACAGCACUGGUAGCCAUGCCUGAGCAAAAGGAAGAUCAGGUGAAAAAGGCAAGGUUCUAAAAUGUUAAAGAAAAUAGCUACAGAAAACUAGCAAUUUCAACCGACCCUUUAGAUAUCCACAGUUUUCAAUGAAAUAUGUCCUUAUCUUUCCGGAUCUUAAACUUACUAGUGGAUCAAACAAAAAGAUUUAUUCAAAGUCCCGUGUUCUUUACAUUUCCCUCAGCUAAUGUUCAAUAUCAUAUUCUAUCAGAUGUGUCGCCAUCAGGAAAAAAAAAUGAUAAUAAUUGAUCAUUUGAUUUUGAUGAAGUCGCGAGCUGAAAAAAGCCUCCCACAAGUUUACUAGUUUUUAUUAGCGCUUUCCAGUCUUCGUUUAAAGGUAUCAGUUCGUUAAAACUGGUCAUGUAGUCUGAUCGUCCGGGUGUGUGUAGUCCUGACGACCCUGGAGACUGUUGUUGGUAGUAGUGACUGGCGUUUUGACAAAAUCAGCAAAAGUCAUAAUCAGACGGUUCCGUGAUGGGUUGUUGUUAGUCGAUUGUUUUAGGUCCGGUUUGUGUGAUUGGUCAACGAAUGCACACCCUGAUAGAUUCAGUAGGGAACUUUAAGGUGGGGUUUUAGUUGAUAUAAUUUAUCGCACGUUUCCAGAACCCUGUUAUGUUAUUUCAGGUUGCGCUUGAAUUUGGCACAUCUUUCCCCUCACCGAAAGCACUUGAAGAAACAGUUUCAAGUAUUUCCUCAAAAGAAGUUUUGAAUGUUACAAUCUUAGCAGACGAGUGGAAUUCACUAAAAAGUGGAUUAUCGACGUUUAACAGAGAACUCGCCAUUCAUUUAGCAAGCCGUUCCGACACUGCAGUCACUGUCCUUGUUCCUCAUGGUGCAUGUAGAGAGGAAGAAAAAGCAGCAGCUGCGAAAAAUUUUAUCACUAUUAUUGAGGCAGAGGAACUCAUCGCGUGCAGUUCCUUCGUAGAAUUGUUUUUUCCACCGAAAGACCUUGGAAUUGAUGUAGUAAUUGGUCAUGGCUUGAAGCUUGGUCAACAAGCUCAGAAGAUUAGACAAUCUCAUAACUGCAAGUGGCUUCAAGUAGUACACACUGCUCCGGAUGAACUGAGUAUGUGCAAGGACUAUCCGAAUGCUGUCACACAGAGUGGAGUAAAGAACAAGUUUGAGGUUAGUCUAUGCAAAUUAGCUGACCUGGUCAUGGCAGUUGGGCCUAAAUUGAAAGGUUUCUACUCCAAUCAGCUACGCUCUUUCAACAAAGAUCAGGAUGUUGUGGAAUUUACACCGGGAAUUGUGAGAGAUUUAACUAAUGUGAAGCAGUCGCUAAACGAGAAUGACGAGUUUCAGGUCCUGAUGUUUGGGCGUGGUGAUGACGAAGACUUCGAGCUAAAAGGCUACGAUAUUGCCGCUGGGGCAUUUGCAAGUCAUGAGCUGAAAAACGACUCCUAUCAUCUUACAUUCGUUGGAGCGGCCCCAGAAAAACAAGACGCAUUUGGAGCGAAGAUUCUUCAACAUGGCGUCUCUAAAAACCAGCUGUCUGUCGAAGAAAACAUCGAGGAUAAAAAUCGAUUGAAAGAACUGCUUCUUCGUAUGGAUCUGGUUAUCAUGCCUUCAAGAACAAAGGGAUUUGGACUCUCUGCUCUGGAAGCCUUAUCCGCUGGUUUGCCUGUCCUUGCUGGCCAUAACUCAGGCUUUUCAAAAGCGUUGCAGAAGGUAGAAUUUGGAGAACUUUGUGUAGUUAACUCAGAUAAUCCCGAAGACUGGUCAAAGGCGAUCAAGAAGGUCUGUCAAAAGGAGAGAAAAAAGCGGCUAAAAGAGAUGCAACGAGUGCGGGAAUCUUAUAGACAGAAGUACAAGUGGGCAGAACAAUGCGAGAUUCUUGUAAGGGAGAUGAGGAGAAAAGUUUUUUGGUAGGCAGCUUCCCUUUUUUCCUUUCCUACCUUACUUUAUUCAAACCUUUGACAAUUGAAGCAGUUUUUUUUGAGUCUGCUUUUUAUUUGUUUUUCUCUUUUAUUGUCCAUUUAUUCGUCAUUCGUUUAUUGAGUUAUCGAUUUGUCUUUUAUUUAUUCAUUCAUUUAUUUACUUAUUCAUAAAUCUGUAUGCUCAUCUAUUCAUGCCUAACUCUUUCUCCUUCCUUCUUUCCUUCACUCAUGUCUCCCUAUCUUUCUCCCUUUUUCUUUCCCUCUUUCCUACCGGCUAUUCCUUUAUCUCUUCACCAAUAUUUCUACUACUACAAGAAAAUCAUCUUACUCUCUCUAAAAUUGUAGAUUUAAGCCUUUAAUAACUCUUAUACUUUUCAGCGUAGAACCUCAGAACAUCGACAGUAAACCUGUCAAGACACCGUGAGAAGCAAACACUAUGGUGAUUCAACUCUGAAGUUUUUACUUCUGAAGAAACUAGACAAUUAACGUGGACACGCGAUCGUUUGUUUGUUUGUUUGUAAGCGCCAGGCGCUACCCCCGUGUGGGGACUGUAACGAAUAAAAAAGGUGUUUUUUGCGUGCAC